UUGCUUCAACCAAAGCUCCCUCCCAUAUUGGACAUAUUCAUCGUCUUCACAGAUUGUAUUGUUCCAAUACUCUCAUCUGCUCUCCAGCGCGACCUCAAUACCGCGUCUACUCAUCGUCUGUUUGACGAGAUCAUUUCUUUCAGCGCCCAGAGGGCCGCUCUCUUCCAGCGUCCAGAGGGGCGCUUCCGACGUCGGCAGCGCCAGGAAUGGCAGCAACCAUCUAGUUCCAGACCUCUUCAGCCGUAUUGUCGGGCUCCGAUAGGGCUGAGCAACAUGCAUGCGAGCAUCAUCCCAAGGCCAACGUUUUCGAGGCCCUCUACCUGGGACGCGAAUUUUCCCGGCCAGAUCGAAGACAGGGCGGGUCUGUUCAUGCUGGAUAUCGCAAUGGACCUUUUUCAGAGGGAAAAGGACCCUAGUGCGAUACCUGCAAUUCGGGAAAGGUCUGAUUACAACGGAACUCGCCUCUUCCCUGCCUCAGAGAACUCCCAGUCUGCCCAGGGACCGGGCAUCUCAGAGGUAUCGUCCUUCGAUCUCGGACUGGUCUUCGAUGUCCUGACACACAAGGACACCCUCAUUCAAGGCUCAGGCCGUCUGCGUGAGCUGCUAUCUCGAGAGACUUUCGACGCCAGUAGCCGCAUCGACCUGUUGUCCAAUAUCGAGCCCGGAAAGGUGAUGAUUCUCCAGGCUCCUGCCCAUUUCCUCAACACCCUGCCCAGCACCCCGUCACCACAAGGACCAAAGGGGACCUUGGGACAGGCGAGCCGAAAAGUUUCAAAGGAAACGAAACCUUGUUGCACGAUUCUGCCGUCGCCACCAGAGGGUGGCUGUGCUGGUGUGACCAAGAAUGGUCUCUUCUACACCCUGCUUGCCAACAGCUCCUCGAAGACGACCGCUGACCACGCCAACCUGCCUGACGACCAGCCGGAGACCUUCUUGGCUUUCAUGAAGUGCUUUGCCCAAUCCAGCAAUGCUCGACUUCCUCCUGCCGCCCAAUAG